UAGUCUGCCUCCUGGGCCACAGCAGUGUUCAAAUUUCACGUUUUCUCUGCAAUAACACCAAAGAUGGAGCGGUUGAACUGCAGUGUGCAGAGUGUUGUGUGUUAGCCUCAGCGUCUUCUUGGGCUAAUUGUCAACUGAUGAGCUUUGAGCAGCUUUAGGAUUUAGAGUGUAUUAUGAGGAAGGAGGGAGAGGCAGCAAGAGUACUGCCAGACAGCCGAGGACCGGGGCGGGAGGAUUGCAUCGGCGAGAGAGACACACACACACAGAAAUAAUAAGGCGAAUUAGCCAAAGUGGAUGCAGCGUCACUGAGAGGCACAGAGUGAAAGUGAGGGAGGGAAUGACAGCGAGGGACCAAAGGAAUAAUACGCAUGUGUGAUCAGCACAAACGGGAAGGGUGAGGAACCGAGCAGAGGAGAGAGAGGCUAGGUUGCUUUACCGACUUCAGGCAUUCUCAGGGCUGGAGUCUUCUUCCAUCCUGCCUUGAGGAGGGCUGUCUCUAACCACGCGCCGCCGAGACACUCGCGGAGGCUCAGAGGACCCGUGGUCAUGGCAGACAUAGAAUCUCUCAGCGAGGCCCUGAAAGCCAUCACUGUGAGCACAGAGCUGGUGGAGGAGGAGCUGAAGCCUCAUCUGGAUGUUCUGCUUACCCUCCUAUUAGAGAAGAAGAAAGGAACAGCAGAGAAAAUAGUGUCCAGUGGUGUUCUGCCCAUUCUGGCUCAAGUCCUGAGGAAGAAGAGUCCCCUCACCUCUCAGGUCACCUUACUGGUGGCAGAGAUAGCCAGAGAAGCUACUGUGAGGGAGCGCUGUAUUGAAGCAGGUCUGGUGACCGUAUUAGUCCCUUUACUGAAAAGUACAGACCAGGACCAGCUGCUUCACACGGGCCGUGCAAUUGGACGGAUCUGCUUUGAAAAUGCUGCUCAGCAGAUGCAGCUGGUGGAGAAUGGAGUAAUCCCGAGGCUGGUGGCCAUAAUGCAGCAGUAUCCUGAGAAUGACCCGCUGGUAAAUGUCUGCCUGCUGGCACUCUGCAACCUUGCUGAUGUGGAUGCUGCACGAGAGGCUCUGGCAGAAGUGGGUGUGGCGGAGGUUUUGACAUAUCAGUUGAAGCGGGCACCGGACGCUGAACGCCGGCAUCUCAUAUUAGAGGUUCUUGGGUCACUGGGAGAGAGUGAUGCUCUGAAGCUGCAGUUUGUGGAAGCAGGGGUGCCCGAGGCUCUCUCUGAAAUGAUCCGAACUCUUCAGGGUGGCUCUGACACACAUGACCUCUGCAGCAUCAAAGUGGCUUCAAACCUCAUAGUGUCCCUCCUAUUGGGAGAUGAAUCAAUGCAGAAGUGUUUCGGGGAAGGGACAGGGGUGGUGUAUCAGGAUGUUCUCUCCUGGCUGCAGUCAUCAAACACUGAGCUGCAGUUAUCAGGAGCUCUGGCCAUUGCUAACUUUGCCAGAAAUGACAGCAACUGUGUGAAGAUGUUGGAAUUAGGAGUUGUUCCUCACAUUCUGGACCUUUUGGAGCAACAUGUAGCCGAGGGAGAUGUAUCUGUGCAGCACGCUGGCCUCAGUGCACUUAGAAAUCUCGCCAUUCCAGCCUCCAAUAAGGUGCGUAUGUUGGAGGAUGGAGUGACGGAAAGAAUCAGGACACUUCUGCGCUCUGACAUGCCCCCAGUCCAGUUCAAACUGCUGGGCACUUUGCGCAUGAUGGUGGAUGGCCAAGAAGAAGCAGCUUCAGUUUUAGGGAAGGAUACAGCUUUGUUAGCACGAGUCAUGGAGUGGUGCGAGGCUAAAGAUCACGCCGGUGUUAGAGGCGAGGCUAAUCGCCUUUUAGCAGCUCUCAUAAGACACAGCCGAAACCCUGAAGUCAUCCAAACUGUCAUUAAAGCAGAUGGAGUCCAACAUCUCAUCUCAAUGGCAACCAGUGAGCACGUCAUCAUGCAGAAUGAGGCUUUAGUUGCUUUGGCCAUUGCCUCUGCAAUAGACAUUGAGGCAGUCCAAGAACCAUUUCUGGAUGCAGAUCUCCUUCCCACCUUGCAGAAGAUGCUAGAUGACCCUGUUGUGGCUGUGGAGGUCAAAUUCAGUGCUUUAGGCCUCAUUUGCAGCCUUGCCAACUCCAGCAUGUUAAGGGAGCAGAUAACAUCUCUAAACCUGAGGGAUACCCUGUCCAAGCUGUCCAAUCACACCAGCACAAAGCUGGCUAAGCAGGCCGACACGGUGAUGGCUGUUCUUUCUGAAACUGCCUAGACUAACAUGUCUUGCAUAGUCAUCCUUGUGGGGAUAUUUUCAGACAGUUCAUCCCCAUAAGGAUAGUAAAACAAAAAAAAAGAGUUACUUCCAUCAAGCUUGGCAUAUAGUCAGACCAAAGCAAUAUAAGUUUACCCCAGCCACUUUGGAGAAAGAUGGUGCGAUUUAAUCAUCUAAAGUAGGAAGACGUCAGUUUGUCCAUGAUUUAUGUUGUCUGUUGUCAGCUAUCCCAGGGACAGGAACACUUGGGAGACAGACUAUCCAGUAAUGAACCUUCUACCCUACUAAACAAGAAACAGAAACAACUCUUUAAAUUUAUGAGGAGUGUUCAGUGGAAAAUAUCUUGGUUAAUAUCUGCAUACAUACAUGCAAUCAUAUUUGCCAUGGACUUCCAUUGUAAGAGCACUAAGCAGCUGUAUCUACUAUGAGCUUGCUGUCUGUCUAUGGAAAUGGAUUAAUAACAAACAUAUAAUUUUAUGUUGCAUACCAAUGUACUACACAACUGUUUAUAUGAGUAGUGUUAUACUUGUCUUGUGCUUUCUUUAAUCAGAGUAUGUUAACACAGCUGAUUAAUAUUUCAUCAAGUUAUAAAAUGUGGAACAGAAAAAGGGGUAGAAAAUAGUAUGUCUCGGGUUGUAAUGUCUAUUUUCAUAUCAUAGCUGGCCUUACUAUUUAAGUUUUAUUGUGUAGGGCUUUUUAAUGCAGAUUCUUUGAUCAUGUUGAUCAUUUAUUUCUAGCUAGCCAUGAGCACAAAUCUGAAUCUCCAUAUCAUGAAAGCAAUAGCCAGAAACAUAUCAAGAAAAGCUCUUGAGCUUCCCAAGUCUAAAUAAAAAGCAAUCGUCAUUGAUACCUCUUGCAGUGUUGUGUAAAUGCUGUUGUGUUUGCAUCGUUGUAUCCAUGUCUUAAAAACUCGCAGUUUCGGUCAAGGUGAGACCAUCGACAAAAAAGACCAAUCUUAGUGACUACUGUGUCAGAGGAAGUAAUGUUUUGAACUGUGUCUAUGAGUGUGUGGCCUGUAUAUUUCCCAGUCAGAAACAAAGGUCUGAGGGCAACGUCAGACCUUUCAGAUUAACAAGCUGAAAAUGUGAGGUUGCUGCAACGUGGUCAAGAAGGCUUCAUUCAGCACUGAAGAUCAUGAGGCUUUUCACAGCUUGAAAAAUAGCACAAAAUCAUCGUCCUUCAUAGCUGCUGCACUAAUGGGUGUUGAUUACCUUUUUAAAUAAAUAGACUAUUUUUGUGUGUAAAGUGUAUGGUUUACCAGAACAGCUUGCUUCUGGCAAUAAAGUGGAAAUACAGCAGA